AAAAUAAAUAAAUAAAAAGAAAAACGGGAAGCAAAGACAAGAAGAGAAACACUGUUACCAGCGAUCGAGCUUAAACACAAACGCAGAGAGCAAAGUUCAAUACACAUAAAUCAGCAACUACAAAAAAAAAUAGACAAAAAAAAAAAGAGAGAGACAUAACCAUAACUCAAGUUUCGAAGAUUCGAAAGUAGCAACUGAGCUUCGAGAUUUCUAUGCAAAUUCACGAACUAUGCUGAGUGAUCUCUUCGGGACUCCAAGUUCGUGCGGUGUUGCGAAUUUCGCGAAGCAAUGAGGGUUUUCUAGAUUGGUGCAAGUGGUGCUGUAAUGUUCGCUUCUUGGUGCUUCAGACUUAGGGUUUUGAUUUGCCAUUCAGUUUUGUUGAAUUGAAUUUGGUUUUAGUGUGUUUUCUUGCGGUUUGAUCUCUAGGGUUUUGGGGGUUGGGGAGCUAAGACUUGGCUUUGCAUUGUGUGGUGCUGUGGUGUGUGAAAUUCGGGAAAAAGGGUAACGGUAUUUGGGUUCAAAAUUGUUGUUUUCUGUUGGGUUAAUGUUGUUAGGAUGGUUUGUGCUGCAUCUGGUUGUUGUGAUUUGCAGAGGUUGUGGUAGUUGAUUUGGGGUUGAAUGAUAUGGGGGAGGGGAGGUUUUGGGUUCUUUGGAAGUGGAAGUAGCUGCUGUAAUUUGGGUCAAAUUGAGGCUGUGUGUGUGGGGGAGGGUUGUAUUUUGAUUUGUCAGGCAGUGUAUGAAUCUGUCGAUUGAGAAAUGCAACCCCAGCUGAGCUCAAGAAUCAAUUUGGUUGAGUUGAAAGCGCAAAUUGUGAAGAGGAUUGGAGUGGAUAAGUCGAAGCGGUACUUUUAUUACUUGAACAGGUUUCUGAGUCAGAAGCUGAGCAAGGCUGAGUUUGACAGGUCAUGUUAUCGGGUACUUGGCAGGGAGAAUCUUCCGUUACACAAUCACUUUAUAAAGUCAAUUUUGAAGAAUGCCUGCCAAGCCAAGACCCCACCGCCAGUCCAGCUGACAGGUCCUCCAAAAUCAGGAGCACUUGUCAAUAAUUUAUCUCCUGGUAGAGAGGAUGGCCACGAACAGAGUGUCGCUAACUUCCAAAAUCAGAAUGCUUCCAUUUGGUCCAAUGGGGUUUUGCCGGUUUCCCCACGUAAGUCAAGAUCUGGAGUGCGUGAUCGGAAGCUUAAAGAUAGGCCGAGCCCUCUUGGACCAAAUGGAAAAGUUGAUUCUGUUGCUCAUCAAUCCACAGCUACAGAAGAAAGUGGUAGUAAGGUUGAUAUGGAGAAUGGAAUUCUUACUCCAUGCGAUUAUCAAAGAUCAAUGCAGCAUCUUCAGGCAGUUGAUGAGCUACCUGAGAAUGGUAUGGGGGAUGUUAUUCAAAGGCCUCUGGAAAAACCGAGGAUACAUGGUAAAGGGCCAAUCGAAGUAUCAAUUGUUGAAGAUGGGGAAGAGGUGGAGCAGUUAAACCGCCUCAAUUUCUCUAGAAGUCCCUUGAUAGCACCACUUGGGAUUCCUUACUGCACUGCAAGUGUCGGUGGGGCCCGCAAGGCAUUGCCAGUGAAUAGCACUAGUGAUUUUGUUAGUUGUUGUGACAGUGGUAGGUUAUCUGAUACAGAUACAUUGAGAAGGCGCAUGGAGCAGAUCACAACAGUUCUGGGUCUUGGAGGCGUUUCUAGGGAAUGUGCAAAUAUGUUGAAUAAUGUGUUAGAUGUGUACUUGAAACGGUUGAUAAGGUCUUGUGUUGAUUUAGUGGGGGCUAGGUCCGGAAAUGAGCCGAGGAAGCUCCCUGUCUCAAAACAGCAGAUUCAGGGGAAGGUCAUUAAUGGCAUCUGGCCAAAUAAUCAUUUACAUGUGCCGAGUGCUGGGGGGCUGGCAGAACCUGAGCCCGAACACACACCACCACACUCAGUAUCUUUACAUGAUUUUAAAGUUGCUAUGGAGCUAAAUCCACAGCAACUUGGAGAAGAUUGGCCACUACAGUUGGAGAAAAUCUCUGUGCAAUCAUUUGAGGAAUAACACAUCUUUGAAGAUUUUUUUAAGCAAAGGUUGGGUCUGCUUCUGGUUCUGAUGGCUCGGCCAUGGUUGGUGAUCAUUGGCACACUUAGCACUGUUCUUAUUGCCAGGAUGAACCAGAUGACCCCCCAAAUGGAGAACUUCUAGUCCUUCCAGGAUCAAAUACUGAUUUUUAGCUUCAAAAUGUCUUAUCUCUGCUGUUUGCAGGGCUAGGAUGGUUCGGAGAUUCAUUUAUCUGCAACCAAGGGUAAUAUCAAAUGAGGCCCAGGAUUGGUUGCACUGUUGUAUGUUUAGCAUUGGUGUUGGCUGUAUUUGUCGUUGCUAGAGCCUAGAGAUCUUAAGGCUUUUGCUUCCUUCGCAGCCAAUGAAAAAGAAGAUUCAGAAAGUUUUGCAGGGAAACUGUUGAGUAGCUGGGAUCAAGGAACUAAGACAUGUAUAAGAACCAAAGGGUUGUUCUGUAUCUAUUUUUAGAAUAUGAGGAUUGAUUGAAAUUCAAUAUCAAUAACACGUCAAUUAAAUUUUCCUUUGAUGAUUUCA